CUCGACCCAAGUCUUUCUUUCUCUACCCCACUGCGCAAACACACACACGCACACAUACGAAGAGAGCAAAAAACAUAGUUUAUAGCAAAUUUGUCGUAGAAUUUUCUGGGUAUGCAUUUCUUCUGAAUUGAAGUUUCGAAGAUCGGAAUUCUGAAUUUAAAGAGAUCCUCCAAGUUAUGGGGAUCUCGUUCAAGGUUUCCAAAACCGGUAAGAGGGUUCACCCGAAACCGUUACCGCCCGAUUCCGCCUCUUUUCCUGUCAAAGACGAAGAAUCAAACGACACCGUUUUUGCUUCCUCGAAGAAGAAGAGUGGCACAAUUUCUCUCUCUACUCGGAAACUAGCGGGGCAGACUAGCGAGAACAAGAGCGUAGUUGAAAUCUCUGAUAAUGAAGUUUCGUUCACUCUAAGCCUUUUCCCCGACGGAUAUUCAAUAGCGAAACCUAACGAGAAUGAACCUGGCCGUCAAACUUCUGUUGAAAUACCGAAAUUUCUCCACCCAUACGAUAGAGCAUCAGAGACUCUGUUUUCGGCAAUUGAGUCCGGUCGAUUGCCUGGAGAAAUUCUGGAUGAUAUACCGUGCAAAUACAUGGAUGGUACACUUGUAUGUGAGGUCCGAGAUUAUCGGAAGUGCUCCUGGGAAGGACAGAAUGUGGCUUCUGUGGAUAGCUCACCCGUCAUUACCCGUAUAUGUCUUAGAAUGUCUUUGGAAAAUAUAGUAAAGGAUAUUCCAGCUAUUUCAGACAGUGGUUGGACAUACGGUGAUUUAAUGGAAGUGGAAUCCAGAAUUUUGAAGGCCCUGCAACCACAACUUUGCCUAGAUCCUACCCCACAGCUCGAUAAACUCACUAACAACCCCGUUUCCACCAAGUUAAACUUAGAUCUGCGCAGCAUGCGAAGGAAAAAAAUGAGGCUGGCUCAAGAAGUAGCUGUGUUGUCGAAUAAUGUCAACGGGAAAAAGGUAUAUCUCGAGAGAGUUCCAGAAAGUUCUAGAAUGGGGGACUUGGGAUCUUUAGUGCAGCAGCAGCAACCUUCGUAUGAGAAUUUGAACACUCAAAACAAUGUUUCGAGCACUAUGCUACCACUAAGGAACAACAGCUUUAGCUCCGACGCCUCUCUUAUGGCAUCUCACCAGUCAAAGUACCAAAUCGGGAUCGGCAGCCCUCGGAUUAUGAAGGAUCAACGGUCAGGAUCUCUUUUGAACGUAUCCGUAGCUUCGCCAGGUGGACAGGAUAUGAUGAUUCCAUUCUCCGAUGAUGUCACUGCUGCUUCUAUUCAUGGUAAGAGAGAGAAUCAAGAUUCGCAAUCUUCUCCGCUCACCAAUAAGAAGGCUAGGCUCACGCAGGCAGGUGGCGAUGGGGGUAUACAGAAUAUGGGCCCCCAAAUGGACAGCUUACAUGGAUCCGAAUUACACUGGAAGAACACAUUAUUACAGCACCAGCAAUCGACGGGGAGAGGAAUUCAGUAUGGUAAUAAUAAUAAUAACGGCAUGCAGAAGUUUCCUCACCAGGUGUUUGAUGGAGGUCUGAACCAGGAAAUGGGUCCCAGUAAUCAAAUGCCGUUCACUAUCGGACAACAAGGAGUAAGAUACAAUUUAAAGGAGGAGCCGGUCGAGGCAGAUAGACUGAUGGGAGUAGAAUCAUCGGAAUUGACAAAUAUCGAUCCAAGAUUGCAGCAAAGAAUGCCACAUCAUCAGUUCGCCAGGUCGGGUUUCCCUCAGACAACAUGGAACAACCUCGGUCAGCCUCUUGAUAGUGCUACUACUAAUAAUAAUAAUAAUACUAGUCAGAAGAGGAAACUAGUACAAAGCCCGCGUGUUUCUUCUGCUGGGGGAUUGCCUCAAUCUCCGUUGUCUUCGAAAUCUGGAGAACUUUCUAGUGGUUCGAUUGGGCAUCAAUUUGGAGCGGUUGCGAAUAGUGGAUUUGUGUCUUCUCAAAAGGAGAAAAAUGCAGUCACGUCUGUACCUUCUGUUAGUGUGAAUGAUUCCAUGCAGCAGCGGCAAACCCAGGUGCAGGCAGCUGCGAAGCGGAGAUCUAAUUCUCUUCCUAAAACACCUGCAUUGAGUGGGGUUGCUUCUCCUGCAAGCGUUGGCAAUAUGAAUUUACCAAUAAACGCAAAUAGUCCUCCGGUUGGGAAUCAGCCUUUGGGUGAUCAGACCGUUCUUGAUCGAUUCUCCAAGAUUGAAAUUGUUGCUAUGAGGUGUCAACUGAACUGCAAAAAGAAUAAGGUAGAUGAGUAUCCGAUCAGGAAGGCUAAUGCGUAUUCGACUCAACAGCUUGCUUCUCAUCUUUCAACUGAUUUAAACAACGAGAAUUUGAAAGACGAAGCAUGUAAGAUGCCGUUAUCGACCUCAAUGAUAGGGGGAAACAUGAAUGUUUGCAAAGUCAGGAUCUUGAACUUUAUCCAGACCGAGCGCGUUAUUCAAGGUAAUAACAUCCAAUUGGUUCCAAAGGGGAGAACAAGGAUGAUCAUGUCUGAGAAACCAAAUGAUGGCACUGUGGAAUUUUAUAUUGGAGAAAUCGAGGAUGCUGAAUACUUGGCCGCAGAGAAUUACCUUCCAACAUUACCAAAUACUAACAUUGCCGACUUACUUGCUGCACAAUUCACUUCACUGAUGGUACGUGAAGGACAUCCCUUGGAGGGGGAUCAUCUCCAACCAAAGCAAGUUCGAACGAAUGCCACCUCAGCAGCCCAACUUAACUUCCCUUCAACAUCCGAGAUGCAACACCAGUUUCCGGAAGGUGUUUCUGUUCCGCUACCCAACGAUAUUACCAAACCUAAUAAUAAUAAUAAUAGUAAUAACAAUAAUAAUAAUGGUAAUGCACCGGUGAACAAUCAAGGCCCGAGAAUGCUACCUCAGGCGAUCCAAAUGUCUCAAGGGCUACUGGCUGGUGUUUCGAUGCCUACUAGAUCACAGCAGCAAACCGAGCAAAUGCCACCUCAGCAUCCUCAGUUCCAAAGAUCACCUAUGAUGUUAUCAGCAAACUCGAUGCAACAUCUGAACAUGGCUCAGAACGCAAACAUGCAGUUAGGACCUCAUAUGACAAACAAACCUUCACCUCUCCAGCUUCAGAUUUUGCAACAACAGCACCAGCAGCAGCAGAGGAAAAUGAUGCCUGGCCUUGGAAAUGUCGGCAUGGGGGGCAAUAUCGCUAAUAGUAAUAAUAUGGUGGGGCUUGGCGGAUUGGGCAGUGUAUUGGGAAUCGGUGGCGGCGGUAGGGGGGUGGGUGGGGGUGGGGUUGGUAUCUCCGCUCCGAUGGGGUCCACAAUCUCUUCGAGCAUGAAUCAGAUGAAUCAGAGUGCGAUGAAUCUGAGCGCUGCUUCGAAUAUCAAUAGCGUUAUUAGAAACGGGAAUCUCACGCCUGCUCAAGCUGCGUACAUGAUGAAGAUGAGGAUGGGGCAGAACAGAUCAAACGUUUUGGGCAGCAGCCCUCAGUCGUCGGGCAUCGGGGCCGCCCGGCAGAUGCUUCCGGGACCUUCCGGGCCCUCUAUGCUGGGCCGGGGUAACAUGGGCCAGAUGCAGCGCACGGCUAAUAUGGGCCAGAUGGGCCCGCCGAAGCUGAUGCAGGGGAUGAAUAUUUACAUGAACCAGCCACAGCAGAUUCAGCAGAUUCAGCAAAUGCAGCAGUUUCAGCAGAUGCAGCAGCUACAGCAGCAGCAGCAACAACAACAGCAGCAGCAGCAAGAAAAUGUUCUUUCGCCUCCUCAAGUGAGUUCACCGAUACCCCAUCAAAUGAACCAGCAACAUCAGCAGCAACUGCAGCAACAGCAGGCUAGCCCACAGCAGAGAGCGCCGCCUAUGAGCCCGCAGCUCAGUUCGGGGGGUGUUCAUUCGAUGGGUGGUGGUGCUGCUGCUAAUCAAGAAGCUAAUUGCCCCGCGAGCCCUCAGUUAAGUUCCCAGACUAUGGGCUCGGUCGGUAGUAUCACCAAUUCUCCGAUGGAACUGCAGCAGCAAGGUGUCAGCAAGAGUAACUCUGUAAAUAAUCCGUGAGUUUGCUUCAUCUUCCAAGAUUGCCCUUCUAUAACGUUUAUCUUUAUCAUCGAUUAUUGUUCGUGUCUGCUACUGAAUAAAUCAGACAUGAUGAAGCCAUGUCCAGUGGGAGGAGGUACAUAAUUAUUUCUUUUCUUUUCGGAUUUGUAGCGAAGGUUGUCAUAGUGUAUAACAUUGCCAGAUGUUUUUAUCUAGUUUGGAUUUAUUUGACCUGAAA